AUGGUUAAAAGUCUAAAAAUAUUCAAAUCCCACGCAUCUCAUAUCAAUUAUUGCAAAUAUUCAUCAGAGAAAAAUUCAAGGACAAAAGAUGACAGGUUUCAAGUUCAAUUUGGCAUUGAUGAUGGCGUUCAUGCUUGCAUCUGUGCAGUUUCAAGGCACGGUGGCUCAAACUACCCAUGUGGUCGGCGAUGCCUUGGGCUGGAAUAUUCCUCCCAACGGACCUUCUCUUACACCACUUGGGCAUCAACUCAAACCUUCAGAGUCGGCGAUGUUCUUCUCUUUAACUUCAUCACCGGAUUUCAUAACGUUGCUGAAGUCUCGCAGGCGGCUUACGGCCCAUGCACCACCGCCAACCCAAUCUCUAUCUCCACCGUCGGCCCUGCUAGAGUCACCUUGAAAGCACCUGAAACCCACUAUUACGUCUGCACCGUUGGAACUCAUUGCCAAAUUGGUCAGAAGCUAACAAUCAACGUCUCCGCCACGUCUGCCACCCUUCCACCAGCACCAGCACCCGCCACUCCUGCUCCCGUUUCUCCACUCACAGUUAGCACCAUUCUACCACCGCCAUCGCCCAGUUUUGCUCCAUCUUUCACCGCCGUGGUACCCGUCAGUUUCUUGGCGAUGGCUUUAGCUUUCUUUUAUUAG